AUCUCAUUCUUUUCUCAGCCGAUACUUUAUAGCUAUUUCCGAAGUUCCUGCUCUUGGAGAGUGAGAAUUGUUUUCUGCUGAAUUCAAGGCAGUGAAUCCAAUGCAGCAAGUCCCAGCCUUGAAAAUUGAUGGCAUCACCCUUUCUCAGUCGCUAGCUAUAAUUCAUUACCUAGAAGACACGCGUCCUAACCCCAGACUCCUGCCCCAAGAUCCGAAGAAGAGAGCCCAAGUCAGAAUGAUCGCCGAUCACAUUGUCUCCGGCAUUCAGCCACUCCAGAACCUGAGCGUCCUGAAACAAAUGGGGGAGAAAAAAAUGGAAUGGGCUCAGAACUGCAUCGCAUCUGGCUUUCAAGCGCUGGAGCAGAUUCUGCAGCACACUGCUGGGCGCUACUCUGUGGGGGAUGAAGUUUCCAUGGCUGAUCUGUGCUUGGUGCCGCAAGUUUCCAAUGCUGAAAGAUUCAGAGUGGACAUGGGUCCAUAUCCCACAAUAACUAGAAUAAACAAAGCUCUCCUGGAGUUAGAGGCAUUCAAAGUAAGCCACCCAUCCCAGCAGCCAGAUACUCCAGCAGAGCUGCGAGCUUGAAGCCCUUCUACUCAUUAAAUCAAGUAAGCUGUAGUGUCAAAGAGAACAACAGCUACAGCUUGAGUAGAACUUCAGUGCCAGCAGGAAGCCCUAGUACUAUUGUCUCACUUUCAUCCGGGUGGGAAGAAGGACAGAGGACCUGGAAGUAGCCUGGAUGACUUACAGGAGCUAUGCCUGUGCUGGAAAGCUUGCAG